AUGAGUUCUCAAGGGAUGACCCGCAAGAGACCUGCACCGGGGACCGCCCCGGUUGUGCAUCCUCAGUUGGGCGCAGUCCCGAACUUUCCGUCUAACCCUGGCUCACAGCUUUCGAAUGACCAGUUUUUGCAAUGGGGUCAAAACCCUUCUGCAAACGCCAUGAAUGCCUCCUUUCCGGACCCCUCCUUGAACACUGUCGGUUAUACGACAAACCAAGACAUCCCAGCAGCCGCGGGCUCGAAUCAACUCGCCCGCCGACAAGCACCGAAUCAAUUGGUGAGCCGAAAUCGCGGAUACGAGCAACCCCCUACUCAGUAUACCGACCAUGGCGCAAAUCCACAAACCGGGGAGUCUGGUGCCUGGGGAGAAUCUCUAGAACAGCUUUACCAACGGGCUCUGACUGCAAAGAGAGAGGCGCAAUCGAAGAGGAAGCAAAUCCCGCCAUUCGUGCAGAAGCUAAGCAGUUUCUUGGACGAAUCCAAAAAUACUGAUUUGAUUCGAUGGUCAGACGAUGGCAACUCGUUUAUCGUUCUGGACGAAGAUGAGUUUGCUCGAACGUUGAUCCCGGAGCUCUUCAAACAUAACAAUUACGCAUCCUUUGUCCGCCAGCUUAAUAUGUACGGCUUCCACAAGAAGGUGGGACUCUCCGAUAAUUCUAUGCGCGCCAGCGAACGAAAGAACAAGAGUCCCAGCGAAUACGCCAAUCCAUAUUUCAAACGAGGCCAUCCGGAUCUUCUUUGGUUGAUUCAGAAACCGAAGAACACGCCAGGCCAUGCAAGCAAAUCCAGCAAAGGUGGCACGCGAGUGAAGACCGAGGAUGUUGAUGAAAAUGACCUGGAUGAGUUUGGAGAUGAUGGCGCUCCCGUGUCGCGUGACGAUCGUGCUCGGCCACGGCAGCUGUCCUUGAUCACAGACAGUUCCAUGCCGAACGAACAACUAUCGGGGGUCUAUCGCGAACUCCAGGCCAUCCGGCAACAGCAGCAAAUAAUCUCUAACACCAUUACCCGACUGCGCAAAGAGCAUGAGCAGCUCUACGCCCAGGCUGCUAAUUUCCAAGAGCAGCACACCCGCCACGAGAACUCGAUCAAUGCCAUCCUCACUUUUCUGGCAACGGUUUACAACCGCAGUCUGCAAGGUCAAGAGGGUCCUCAGAACCUCGCGAAUUCUUUUGCCGGGGCUAUCUCCCAGGACCAAGGGAACAUAGUCGAUGUUGACGACUAUCCACUGGAUGCCCUGGGUGCCAUGAACAGUCCUCCCGCACAGCGAACCAUGAAGAAGCAGCCACUGCUGUUGAAGGCUCCUCCCGGUACAGACGAGAACGGUCGUGCCAAUACCGUCUCCCCGGCUGCUAGCGGCCCCUACGACACUCGCUCGCGUGGCCAUGCUCGACAGCCUAGCGCUACGCAGCCUGGUCAUGUCGAGGAGGUUUUUGAUAACAGUCCUCGGCAAAGCAAUCCAACCGUGCCACCGGGGCAAAUGGACGAUUCCUUCCCUCAGCGGGACAUCAUGUCCGCCAUCCAAAACUCCAAUGCAAGGAAUGGGGUUCCCACGAGCUUCUCGGAGUUCCCCAAUGUUCUUUCUUCUCUCGAGACCUCUGGCGGCAACGUUCCACUCACCCCGAACCAGCGGGCGGAUAUGCUCCGGCUCAUGGCCAACGAGACCAACACCGCAGAUCCCAACGCUGGGGUGUCACCGAACAAUGCACUUAUGACGCCAAAUCCACCACCCAUGCCACAGAACUACUCGGGCCGUCUCGCCAACACUCGGCAAGAGAUUGACAAUCUGGUCAAGAUGCAAGCCGAACAGGACCGGUCCGUCCAGAAUCUCACCAAUCUCCUCCAGCCGCUCAGUCCAAACGGUACGAUCCCAGGUCUGGACCAUGACGGCAACGUGCCCCCUCCCCCGCUGGAUCUCGACCAGAUCUUCAACAAUGACUACUUCACCGACCUCGGAGACACAGAAAACGACCCCAAGAAGUCUUCCUUGGACUUCGGCGACAACACGACUGGUCAGCCGCCAGGAACAGGCACAAAUACGCACGAGCCUGUGGGUGCGGCCCAGCCCGAUGACGGCGACACGAAUGACUUGUUCGAUUUCGACCACAUCCCCAACGACGGCGAUCUCUUUGAUGCUUCCAACCAGGGACAGGGCCACUCGACCUACAAUUAUGGCUUCGAUGGUACUGGUUUCGAUGGCGAGUCUGCACCCGGAAACCAGGAUUCCGGCCGUGUUAUCGAGCAGCUGACGGAUAGCGAGACCACCAGUCCCGCAGCAACGCUGGACGACAAUCCCGACGAGGCAGCAGAGGAUGGUGGCAGCACCAAACGUCGGAGGAGAGCGUAA